GAAAAUGUUAAAAUGUUUUUAUUUUGUUUAUAUUGUAAUAUAAACACAUUUUCUCUUUUCUCGUGUCUAACAUUACCUGUAAAUUAUGAUUUUUACUAUGACUGUACAUUUUUUUUCUUGUAGUUAUAAUUAAUAAAAAAUAUAUAUUAUCAAUUGUUAAGUUCUCUCUUAAAUAAUUACCUAUACAUUAACUGUGUAUCCUGGGUAUUUCUGUCGAAAACCAAUCUUGCCAAUUGGAAUUUUAUUCUAUUGCUAAGUUAGGUAUUAUUAAAAUAAAUCUGUAAAAUGAGCGAAGACGAUCAAGAACUUAAUUCAUCAUCAACGUUAUUUUCAAGAUAUAGAAGUCCUACAUUCACUAAAAAUGAAAUCGAAACUUUGGUUAAUUUGGUUGAUAAAUAUAAGUUUAUAGUUUUGAAUAAAUCUCCAAGUACAACUGCAUGUUAUGCUAAAGAAAUUAUUUGGAGGAAAAUAACAAAGGCGUAUAAUAGCCAUAAUUUCAAUCAUGUGAGAAGUGUUGAUUGCUUAAGAAUUAAAUGGGAGAAUUUAAAAAAGACGACAAGGAAAUUGUCAAAAAAUGUACUGGACAUCAAACGGAGUGAACACAGUGAAGCAAUAAAUCAGAUAUUAAGGAUGAUACAUGAUGCAGAGAACAGUACCUGCGAAGUAGAAAUGCCAAAAGAGAUUGUUGAAGAAAUAAAAGAUGGUGAUAGCGAAGAAAAUAAAGGAACAUCUCGCUCAAAUAGAUCAAUUAAGUUUGCACCCCAUGAAUGCAGACUGUUACUAAAAUGUGUAAGAGCAGAAAAAAAAGUUAUUUUUUGUAAGGAUACCUCUGCAAAAGCUAUUAAAUUGAAAAACAAGGCUUGGUUAAGGGUAACUGAAGCAUACAAUCAACAAAGUCCACAGAAAAGAACAACUAAAGUCUUACGUACAAAAUUUUGUAACAUGAAAAAAAUUUCUAGCAGAAUUCGUAGACAUGGUUAUCUUGACAAAAUAAAUAAAAAACAUUUUAAAUUAGAGGAGGAAUGUAAUAGUGAUAAGAUAAAAGCAGAGCCUGUUUACGAAAUUAUUAAUGAUCAAAUACAAAAUGAUGAUGAACACAGUAAUGAUGAUAUGGAUUAUAAUGAAAUUCCCAAUAAUGUUAAUGAAAAUUCAGUUGACAUGGCCCCUGAUCCACUUAGUACAGUGCUCAACAGUGAUUCGGGAAUGGAAUCAAUACGAAAUAUGGAAUCUUAUAACAUGUUGGAUAAUAAAGAAAUAUUGGAAUUAAAAAAGGAAUUGUUGAAUUACGAAUUAGAAACAGCGAAGUUGAAAAGAAAAAAGAUAGAAGAAGAAAUUCAAGAGGAAGCAAUCGCUAGAGAAAUGAGAGCGACAGAGAGGGCGUUACGUCUCCGUGCAGCGAGACUCGAACUUGUGGCCGCGGAGAUGAAACUGCCGGUCAAUCAUCCCGCCCUAUACUACAUGCAGCAGGAGGCGCCCGCGCAGGCCUGUCUUAAUCAGCAUACUUCGUAAAUUUUAUUGAAUAACAUUGAGGUAUGCUGAAACAAUGUUUAAAAAAUUCCAAAACUCAAUUGGGAGUAGGAAGAAAGCGUUUAGAAAGUGUAAAAGCGGAGUAUACAAUUAUGGAACCAUGAACAUUAUAUCUCAUUUAAUUUCAUGUUCGUUUCGUAAUUAUGUA